AUGACCGGGCCAACAAGUACAAGUGCUCCCACUACCCAAGCCGCAAAAGCUGCACAGUGCAGCGUCCUUGCCCCUUUGAAAGUCAUCCAAGCCACUGAGCAGCAUUGUCAUCAAUUGUCUUCUUUCGAAAAGGCAUUAGAGAGACUUUUAUCAGACAUUGGCCGUUCCGAUCCUUGCAAGCUCAGUUCUCAAGUCCAGCGUCAUCUUCGGAUGGCAAUUUUGAGCAACCAAGAUACCUGUGCAAGAUUCCAGAAUAAUUUCAAAGAAUGGACCGAUCACUCCACCAAUGAAUAUCUUCACGAAUCGGAUUCAGGUGGGUUUGAUGUGUUCGGGGAGAUAGAAUUGCGACUCUUGGGCGAACGGCUACAUAUGUUGGAAUUUACCAUAUACAUGGCGAUGGAAGACUCCGCGUUUUAUGUGAAGCUCGAAUCCCCAAUCUUGGGCAAACCGUCUGGCUAG